GAACAAGCAACUUUCCCUUUUUGGCGAACAUAUUCUUCUGACUUCACAACUACCAAUGCACAUUUCUCAUCAAUCGCCAUGACGAGCGCAUACGCCUCUACUCUGCUGACCCGUACUUUUCGGAGGUCAAAUCACCUUGCAUCGCGCACUUUUCUCCGCAACGGUCUUCAAUGCCCAAAAUGCGGGCAAGGACUGGCUGUCCAAACACGCUCCAUUCAUUCGCCGGCAGAUGAUCCCAGUUUCACAUCGAUCGUUGAUAACCCUCCGAAUCUUGUCAGGAGUGGAAGAAAGCAUGGUCCUGGCCUCAUAAUCCUCGCAUUAAUUCCCCUAACGGCCUUUGCUCUUGGGACAUGGCAGGUUCAACGACUAGAUUGGAAGACUAAGUUGAUUGCAAAGCUCGAAGACCGGCUUGUGCGGAGUCCGUUGCCUCUGCCGCCCAACAUUAAUCCUGAAGCAAUUGCGGAGUUUGACUAUAGAAGAGUUUUCGCGACUGGCCAUUUUCGACAUGACCAAGAGAUGCUCAUCGGCCCACGGUUGCACGAUGGCAACAAUGGCUACAUGGUAAUUACACCUCUCGAGCGGGGGGAUGAAGGAACAACAAUUUUAGUGAACCGUGGGUGGAUUCCCAAGAGCCUCAAACGACAGGCCGACAGAAAGGAAGGCUUGCCCACGGAAGAGGUAACGGUAGAAGGCUUAUUAAGAGAGCCGUGGAAGAAAAACAUGUUUACCCCAGACAACAAGCCAGAGCUGGGAGAAUUUUAUUUCCCUGAUGUGGAGCAGAUGGCGAAGCUUACUGGCAGCCAGCCUGUUUGGAUUGAAGAGACCAUGGAACCCGAUCUUUUAAAGGCAUAUGAUAGGGAAGCAAAAGGUAUACCGAUUGGCCGUGCGGCAGAGGUUAAUCUUCGAAAUAACCAUGCCCAGUACAUAUUUACAUGGUAUGCGCUUGCUGCAGCCACUUCCGUCAUGCUGUGGAUGGUCGUUAAAAAGCCUCCCACUGGGGUUGCCCGAAGAGUACGCCAAAACAAAGAAUGGUGAAAUACGAAAGUAGGAGUAGAUUAACCUUCCUCUUCCUCUUCUUCUGCUAUUAUUUCUAGAUGUCGACGCUCUCGUUUUCGUGAUUUCUUGGGAGGCUGCAUUCGUAUGUCUUGAAGUAAUUCUCUGGGAAGGUGCUUUUGUGCUAGGGAAAAUGGCGUCAUGUUAGUAUUCACUUGUCGCUGCCUUUAAGUUAAACAUGUUAGUGAGUCGAAUUAUUUGAAGUAUCAAGGGACCAAUUCCCU